UUUUAAAUUUUGAAAAUCCGGAGUCAAAAAUUCAAAAAAUAUGGCAAGUUGAUUCAAAGUCCCUCCUGCGAUAUCACCUUCCAAAUUCUACAAUCUCCUUAAAGACAUGCCUGCAUUUUCCUCUUCCAUUUCCAUUCAUCUCUAGCAAUCAGCAGCUACUGUAAUCUUCACCUACCACACUCCGGGCAGGAUAUGGAGGCGCCUUCUUUUGUGUCGAAAGCUAAGAUCGCUUUCCAUUCUGCUGCUGCUAAAGCUGAGCGAGUUUUUACUGAUAUUAAAUCCGACUUUAAAUCCGAUCGAGCAGAUUCGGAUAAGCAAACGGCAAAGGAAUCGAAGAGGCAAUUAGAAGAUGAGUAUCUUAAGAAUGACGCUGAGUCAAAGGGUAAUAAUGAGGGGAAGCAUUUGAGGUGGAGGCCUACACACAUAGGGACGAAACAGGAGUGGCAAGAUAGGUUGAAGAACAUAAGAAUUGGAAAGAAGGGAGCUGAAAAUCAUGCAGAGAAAGUAGAAGAAACAAUCAUGGAUAUUCCUUUUUAUGAUGAAAAUAUGUACAUAGUGUACAUGAAAAAUGAUGUUGAAGCGAAGGGUUCACAAGUAUCUGCCAUAGUAGAUAGAUUAAAUUCUACCAAUCCAGAUAGCAUCCCCUCAACAUCUGUCAUGAAGCAGUUGGCUAUAGCUAUUGAUGCUGGGAAGAAGCACAAAACAAUGAAAGAUAUUUUGGUAUCAUCUGGAGCCUCUUCACCUAUCAUGGAGAGGGCAAGCUUGAGCCUUGCUGCAGUUAAGUCAUUAGUGCUUCGUGACAAGGAGGAUAAGCUUGCAUCUGAGUUUGGUGCCGAUGAGGAGAAGGUUUUGUCCUUGAUACAUUCACUGUUUGAUGUAGAGGGAAGGUUUCUCAAAAGGAACAUCAGCUCUGGUUCAGAAGCAUUAACUUUGCUUAGAGAUAUCCAUGGUACUCCUCCUGAGAGCUUGCUUGUCAAGCUAUCUGAAGUAAUUGGAAGCUUUAAAACAUUGCGGAAAAUGGCAUUUAUAUGGUGCAAAAUUAUUUCUGAAGUGAGAAGACUCUGGUCUGAAGAACUACAUUUACCUGGCAUCCCUUUGGAUGAUCUUCCAGAUCUAAAUUCCUGUCUUUUAUACCAGAAAUUUCAGGUCUUCAAUUGCUGUCUUUCCAGGAAAAGGCGUCACAGUCUGGCCACUGAAUCGCUAGAAUUGGUAAUGAGGGAUGCCAGUUCACAUGCUGAACAGUCGGUUAUUUCUAAUGGGACUGUCAGCCCAAGUCGUAUUUUGUAUGCUAGAUUGAGCAGUGGGGAAAAUGUCCUUCGGUUGGGUGCUGAUCAGCCAGCUGACAAUUUAACUCUUUUGGAAACAGGUGAACCAGUGUACUCCCCAAUAACACAGGAAGGGCCUUUGCUUACUGAAGAUCUUAUAAAAGAAAAUGAGGAGUUUGUGCUUCGAACUGGGAGUGUUGGUGCUGGGUGUUCUCAACUACUCUCUGACAUGCAGGCCUUCAAGGCUGCAAAUCCUGGUUGUAUCUUGGAAGAUUUUGUAAGAUGGUACUCUCCUCCGGACUGGACAGAUGACCUUGAUGAGGCUAAUGGGUUUUUUGAGGGAGGCGAUGCAUCUUCUAUGAGGGGUCAACUUAGUCGUCGAAUGCAAAAGGAAGGAAACUUGUGGCUUGAACUGUGGGAAACAGCCAAAGCGGUACCAGCUAUUAAACAGGCUCCCCUAUUUGAUGAGGAUUUGGCAGUGGAGGGUGUUCUGCAAGACCUAGAGGAACUCUCACCUUCUGAGCUGUUUGAACAACUUUUUAUUUCUUUACUUGGAUUAGGAUUUGUGAUGGCAGAAUCAAAACUCUCCAGUAACAAUGAUUUGUCAAAGCUAUUUAAUGAGUUUAAAGACUAUAUUGUUUUCACUUGUCAAGGAAGCAGCUGGAGCGAGAAAGUGGAUGAUCUUUGCCAGGUGUAUGAAACAGUGGAGAAAAUGCUACUGAAUCCAGAAGAAGUCCUAAAGGCAAUAAAGCAGACAGAAGAAACCACCAGCACCACUGCGGGUGAACUAAAAAGUAGGUUUAAGAGGCUUGGCCUGAACUUCGGCAGCAAGGAUAAAAACCUGAGAAAAUCAUCUUUAAAAGAUGAGAAAAAUUCAGAGAUCUCACAUCGUCAACCAUUCUCUAAUUUCUUUGAUGGGAAGUCAUCAUUAUUUUCGAAGAAGCCUCCUAAGCCUGAAAUUGCAUCUGUUGCAGGUGACAAAUCUCCUCCAGAUGAAAAUGGUUGGACAAUUGUGAACCCAUGAUAAAUUGAGCACCGCUGUUCAUCUUUUAUUUUAUUUUUCAUUUUUUCCUUUUUUGGGUUGAGCUGUAUGUUGCGGGAAAUUGUAAAUUAUUUUAGAAUAACUUCUUUUCCCUAGUCCAAAAGAAAUGGAGAAAUGGAAUUUACUUUUUCUUUUUACCUUCA